GCUAUAUAGAUAGGUGAAUCUCAACAGCUGCUUACUAUAAAUGCAUUUCACACGGGCUUUAUCUAUGUCUGAUGAUAGGUGACACUACAAAUGUGCCUAGGAGUAGUCAGCGCCUCCCACUCAGAUAACACAACGGCGACCAGUUACUUUCUGAAAAGUGUUUCGGAAGAGUCUUUCGAGUGGCUGGCCCGUGGAAAGUAUUAUGACCAAAGGAGUUGUGUUGCUCCCGCUACUAUUAUGUAUAUAUUGUGUACAUAAUGUAGUUACUGAUUCUCACUUUGUUAACGAGUGGGCAGCACAGAUUAAUGGAGGCUACGAUCAGGCAAGGAGGGUCGCCGAACAACAUGGUUACGAAGUUGUGAGAGAAGUUCGCGGAUUCGCCGACCACUACUUGCUUCGUCACAACAACGUCCCUCACCGAUCCCGGCGAAGCGCAGACCACCACACCAAGAGGCUGACAGGGGACCACAGGGUAGAAUGGGCCGAGCAGCAGGAGAGCAAGGUGAGAAGCAAGAGGGGGUACCUGGAGGGAAAGGCAUACAUGGUAGAACGUGCAUACCUGGAGGACAAGCGAGCGACAGAAGACCGGCUAUACAGAAAUAUACAAAACAGCUUUUCAGACCCGAUGUUUAAGGACCAGUGGUAUUUGAGAGAUGACCGCAAAGGCACCAACAGCCCCAAGGUCGACCUCCAUGUCAUGCCGGUGUGGAGCAGGAACAUCACCGGAAGGGGCGUGGUCGUCACGAUUCUUGAUGACGGUAUCGAGAGGAACCAUACAGAUCUUGUAGCUAACUAUGAUCCUGAGGCCAGCACUGACCUGAACGGAAACGACACCGAUCCGAUGCCCCGAUAUGACCCCACAAACGAAAACAAACACGGUACUCGCUGUGCUGGGGAGGUUGCUAUGGCGGCUAACAAUGGGAAGUGCGGUGUUGGAGUGGCAUUUAAUGCCAACAUAGGAGGGGUCCGGAUGUUGGACGGGAAGGUCACGGAUGUGUUAGAAGGGGAGGCAAUCCAGUUCAAUCACAAGUACGUGGACAUCUACAGCGCCUCGUGGGGACCGAACGACGACGGACACACAGUGGAAGGGCCAGGCAAACUCGCCAAGAGGGCCUUCGAGACAGGCAUACGAGAAGGUCGUGACGGCAAGGGUGUCAUCUACGUGUGGGCAUCUGGUAAUGGCGGCCAUGUGAAGGACAACUGUGACUGUGACGGAUAUACUGGCAGUAUCUACUCCAUCUCAAUCAGCAGCGCAUCACAAGCGUUUGAGAAACCCUGGUACGGGGAGAGGUGCGCCUCCACCAUGGCAACCACUUACUCCAGUGGUGGGCUCAACGACAAAAAAGUGGUGUCAACUGACUUGAAGAACAAGUGCACCGACAUGCACACCGGAACUUCGGCUGCUGCCCCAUUGGCUGCUGGGAUUUUUGCCCUUUUGCUUGAGGCAAACCCCAACCUGACGUGGCGUGACGUUCAACACCUGGUGGCAUGGACUUCCCAGAGUGACCCCCUCGCCCACAACAAGGGCUGGCAGACAAACGCCGCCGGAUUCCGCGUCAACACGGCGUUCGGCUUCGGCCUGCUUGAUGCAGCUGGUCUCGUUGAUGCCGCCGACCCCAGUGAGUGGAAUACUGUCCCCGAAAGCUUCGAGUGCAAAGUGGAAGCCACGGAAUCCUCCAACCUGCCGAGGAGAUUGCAGUCGGUGGAGGGGGGUAAGAUGCUGGAGAUUGAGAUUUUAACUUCCGGAUGUGUGGAUCAAGACAAUGAGAUAAACUUCCUGGAGCACGUGAUUCUCACCCUCAGUGCCGAUUAUACCAAGAGGGGCGAUCUCUCCCUCUACCUCGUCUCCCCAUCAGGUACGAAGACGAUGCUGCUGUCCCGGCGUACCUACGACAGCUCCAGCAGCGGCUACAAACACUGGCCCCUCAUGUCCGUGCACACGUGGGGGGAGUCCCCUAGGGGGACGUGGAAACUCAUUUUCGAGGACACGUCAGGAAACGACAACUCUGGCUCAGUGAAUGGCGUCUCUCUGACCAUGUAUGGUACAAAGGUCAAGCCGGAGCACAUGCGCAAUGGUCCUCGGAACUAUAACCCUGAUUAUAAUCAGGUGAAAAAUGAGAAAAAGAGACAGGAUACAAGGGAUGACGGUGACCAUCAGUCGAAGUCUGGCAGCACGUUAGCCGAGUCUCUUCUUCAGCUGAGGCUGAAAUUCUUGUCGAAGAUGUUGUGAGGCAGCGACUGAGGUAUCAGCACGGAAUGAACGUCAUUGUGUUAGGGACUCUAACGUUUGUUUCUUGUUGUUUACAGACAACUUGUUCAAUAAAGUUGUUACCAUA